AUGACGGUCCUGGCUCGUGUUGUCGUCCAAGCCUUGCUUCUCUGGUACGGAACGCUGUAUCUUGUGUACACCGAGACGGUGCAGGAUCUGCUGUUGAAUGCCGUGGCUUUGAAGUUUGUCUUGGAGGUUGCAGAGCUGCUUUACUCUGCCUUUGCCCCCAGACGUUCCCGUACGUUCAUGGAAAGCCUGAAGCCCCUGAAUCUGGAGGCCCUGGGACGGAGCCACCACGACUGCCUCUUGCCCUCGGGUCUCCUCGUGGUCAUGGCGGGCAUGCUGGUCUUGUCCUAUGCAUACUUGCUCACUCCAGCCCUGGAGGCGAGGAUAAGCACCUGGGAAGGCUUGUGCGGAGGCCGGCAGGACUUUGCGGUUGCCACCGAUGGACUUGGGCGACUCCAUUGGAGCUUGACAAGUGCGUAUGAUGACACAGGCGAGGAGCAAGCUAAAGACUACGUCCACAGAGCCACGAAUCUCCUCAUCGGGGAUAUUGCUACUGACGCGAAUAAGCCUUGGAGCAUCUACGAACCAUCGUUUGACAAAUUGCGGAAAAAGAUCGACUCCCAGAGCGUUGUCGAAGCAGGUGGCGCGCGCAUGUGCCAG